UCCUGCAGUUCACUGGUUUCUUUCUUCUGUUGCAGUUUCAAGACAAACAAAGCAGUGAAGAUGGACGUGCUGCCCUGCAUGAUGCUCGUCUUCCUGCUGUCAGUUGGAGCCUCUCUGGCCCAGGUGGAUCUGACUCGUAUCGUAAGAAAAAUCAGAGGACAAUACAGCAUAGAUGGACAGUUCUGUCUGGCUGCAGUCAUCCCGGUAGAUCUGAACCUAAACACUCUUAACCAGGUUUUUGAGGGUGAUCCCUUUCAGGCUGUUCUGGGAAAGAUUGGGGAAAGAACCUCAGACAAUAACAAUCGUGGAGUGUAUGUAGGCCAGAGGGUGAUUGUGGCCAGACCAACAUCACCUGAAGGCGGACGAAGUGGACAACAUGCAGAAAGUCGUGUUCUGCAAACCCUGAGAGAGCGGCUGGAAACUGAGAACCUGAACAGAUUCCCAAACAGCCAGGACAACUUCCUGCUCAUCUACUCUUUUGCCUCUGCAUGUGAUACAUGCACCAGCCGCUACCAUUCAUCGAGCAUCAUUGAGGACCUUGAACUUAUCGCUGAAACCUACUAUUCUGUAUUUGUGUUUAAAAAAAUCUUUCAGCCCAACAAUCAGCCUCCCAUUCCUGAAAACAUUUUGGCUAAUUCCCUUCGUUCUCUUGGUGAUGCCAUCGGUGGGCUGACUAACAUCUUUCGUUGUGACCCAGAUUGUUACAGCUGCUUUGGAGGGGAAACAAACGCAAUUUCACAAUAUUGUAUUAUUAACAAUGCUUAG